UGCCCGCUUCCAAGAUGGCGGCGGCGCGGCCUCAGCUUCGCAGGGCAAAACCUGGGCGGGGCGGUCGGAGCCGGCGGGAGGGAUGCUGCGAGCGGCACUGGGCCGCGUGUCGACGCUGGUGGGCUGUGCGCGGCUCCGGGGGCCCGGUUUGAGGCGGCUGUGGGGACGCGGAGCCCGUCCGACUGCCGCAGGGAAAAGGCGAGCCGGCGACUGGGGCUGGCGGCCCGCGAGCUCCGAGCCGGGGCCCCGGGCGACGCACUACCAGCUCGUCUACACCUGCAAGGUCUGUGGGACCCGGUCCUCCAAGCAAAUCUCCAAACUGGCCUAUCACCAGGGCGUGGUCAUCGUGACCUGCCCUGGCUGCGACAACCACCACAUCAUCGCUGACAAUCUGGGCUGGUUCUCUGACCUGGAUGGGAAGCGGAACAUUGAGGAAAUCCUGGCAGCCAGAGGGGAGAAGGUGUGCCGAGUGGCCGGUGACGGGGCUCUGGAGCUGGUGUUAGAGGCUGCGGCGGCCCCCCAACCCACUGCAGCUCCAGAACGGGAUGAGGGCCAGGACGCCAGCCCCACUGGCAAGACGGAGCCCAGCUGACCCGGCCUCUGCCCUCCAGCAGGGUGCUUUGGCCUGGGGCCUCUCCACACUUGCCUGUUUCUGUCAAUAAACAGAUAUCACCGUGGAU